AAUCCAUCUUUUGGACGUGAACGAAUCUUUGUCAGAAGGACGGCUACAUCCACUCGGCCUAUAAAUUUUUGCUUCUCUUAACUGGUAGAAUUGUAGUUCAUGUUGAAAUCCCUGAAGAUGGGUGUCUUGCCCACCAUCCAUUGUCGUCAGAGAUCAUAUGCAGAAUAUAUAAAGGAAGUGAUUGACGAGACAAUCAUGGAGAAGCUUGAAAUACAGCCAUUUUUAUCUGCUUCUAAAGCAUUUUGUAUUGCGGAUAUGGGAUGUUCAGUUGGACCUAACACCUUCUACUCUGUACAAAAUAUUCUUGAUGCUGUAGAAAAGAAGUUUAUAUCAGAAGGCUUCGCUCCUGAUCAAAUUCCUCAAUUUCAAGUCUUCUUUAAUGAUCUUCCCUUCAAUGAUUUCAAUACCCUUUUCAAGUCUCUCCAUCCUGAAAAAAGAUAUUUUUCAGCCGGCGUACCGGGGUCAUUUCACGGUCGGUUGUUUCCCGACUCCUCUCUGCAUUUUGUACAUUCCUCUUACUCAUUACAAUGGCUUUCUGAGGUGCCCCCGGAGGUGCUAGACAAGGACUCUCCAGCAUGGAACCAAGGGAGGAUUCAUUACACCAAUGCCCCAGAAGUUGUAGUCGAAGCUUUUGCAGCCCAAUUUGCGAAGGACUUGGGGAUGUUCUUGGACGCCAGAGAGAAGGAGCUUGUGGAGGGAAGUAUGAUGGUGCUAAUCCUGCCAUCGAGUCCAGAUGGGAUCCCAUUUUCCGACGUGCCAACGGGGGUUUUGUUCAAUCAUUUAGGGUCGUGCCUCGUGGAUUUGGCGAAAGAGGGAUUAGUAUCUGAAGCUCUUGUGGACUCUUUCAACAUUCCAAUGUACUCUGUGACGCCCAGGGAGAUGAGGCAGCUUGUAGAACGAAAUGGGUGUUUUAGCAUUGAAAGAAUGGAGCUUGCAGAUUGUAGAACUGACCCCGACAACACAGUUACUGGAUAUUCAAUCGCGAUGCACUUCCGAGCUGGGCUGGAAGGAGUCAUCAAAAGACACUUUGGUGCUGAGAUUAUUAAUGAAUUGUUUGAAAGAUUUCUCGAGAGAAUGGAUGAUGUGAUACCAUCUUUGUUAUCAAGCAACGCAGAAGGAUCUCAAUUGACUGUUAUUCUGAAACGCAAAUGCUACCAUUGAAAUAUCUCCCCUGUAAAUAUGCAGAAUUGUGAAUUUCACAAACUGGGUAAUGAAUAAAGUUGGGUCGUUCAUAGAUCUA